AUGGCAAUUCCAGUCCCAAAGAGUCUGGCUGUGAGCUCCAUCACGGCAUCAUCUGCUAGAGUCAGUUGGCAGGUGCCUACUGAGGUGUGGAAGACUCCACACAACUUCCUGAUCUCUUACCACAGUAAAGGGACUGAACCAAAGUCCAUAUCUACUGAGUCAUGCAGCACAGACAUCACAGGCCUGACACCAGGAACUAACUACACUGUUACAGUCUACACCAAGCUACAACAUGGAAGGAAGAGCCAGCCUGCAUCUAUUCAGAUGAGGACAGGUAUUCCAGUCCCGGAGAGUCUGGCUGUGAGCUCCAUCACGGCAUCAUCUGCUAGAAUCAGCUGGCAGGUGCCUACUGAGAUGCAGAAGACUCCACACAGCUUCCUGGUCUCCUACCAGAGUGAAGGGACUGAACCAAAGUCCAUCUCUACUGACUCAUGCAGCACAGACAUCACAGGCCUGAAACCAGGAACUGACUACACUGUUACAGUCUACACUGAGCUCCAACAUGGAGGAAAGAGCCAGCCUGCUUCCAUUCAGAUGUUAACAGAGAUUCCAGUUCCAGAGCGUCUGGCCAUGAGCUCCAUUACUGCAUCAUCUGCUAGAAUCAGCUGGCAGGUGCCUACUGAGAUACAGAAGACUCCACACAGGUUCCUGGUCUCUUACCAGAGUGAAGGGACUGAACCAAAGACCAUCUCUACUACGUCAUGCAGCACAGACAUCACAGGCCUGACACCAGGAACUGACUACACUGUUACAGUCUACACAGAGCUCCAACAUGGAGGAAGGAGCCAGCAUGCUUCUACUAAGAUGAAGACAGAAGUCCCCCUCUCAGAUCUACUGUCUGUGUUGGGCCUGAGGGAUCUGCAGGGAGGGAAGCUCACUCUCAGCUCAGUCCUGGAGAUCAGCAGUAACACACUGUCUGAUACACCACCACAAGGUCUACAUGAUCUACCAUGGAGUUUUUUAAAUAAACUGAUUGUGUCCAAUCUAGAUGCAAGAAAGAUCAAAUGUUCUCAAGACCAACCAAUGUACCAUUAUGGUUUUACUGACAAUAAUGAUGAUUCUGGUGGUGUGAACCCUCUAGACUUGAUCACUGCCCUUUUCCACUGUGCAGAUCCUUUCCUCCAGCAGGAAAUGGUCUCCAAAAUGUCUAUGUGCCAGUUUGCUGUUCCUUUGCUACUGCCAAACUGUGACACACAGCAGAGCACUCUGAUGUUGUGGGCCAUGAGAGAUCUAGUUAAACACUUCAAACACCAGUCUUCAUUAGGAGAGGAGAAAUUAGUAGAGGCAUUUGUGGAGGGCAGAAUAGUGGAGAUGGAACUCCCUGUGGUGUCUUUCAUUAGAGUAGGAGAGAGUAGUUUGCCUAAAUCUCAAACUCUUAACAGGCUGCUCAGCAAUACAUCUCAACACUGUGAAGCAUUUAUCCAUUAUGACAUGCCAUGUGGUGAUGUGCCCAGGAGAAUCUCAGAGGGGCUGGUUGAAGUCAGCUGGUACCUGCCAUGCGGAAACAAAAACAUUGACGUACUCACACAGCCAGUGGCCGUGGCCAACCUGAGAGGAGACAGCAGGUCAUUUGAAGCUCAGGUGUCCUUCCUGUGUCAGACCUCAGCUGCAGUCUUCAUCUUCAGUGAUGACCUAGAGGUUGACUUCAGUCCGUUCACCACCACAGAGAGAAAAGCAGAGCUAUUCCUGGUCACCAACUCUCAGAGGAAGGGCUAUAACAUGGAAAAACUUAGGGAGACCUGCAGAAAACACAACAUUGAGGAGGAACAUGUGGUAAUCAGAAAAAAACAAAAUGAGUCUGAAUUUGUCAAAAUGUUGCGUAAUCUUGUAAAGGGAGUUGUUGAAAGUAAUUGUGUGAAAACCAACAUGUUUAACUUAGCAGAUUCAGCUCGAAAGAUUGGUAUUCUGGUAGAUGAAGACUCCAGUGAAUGCAGGAAUGCCAGACAAAAUGCUGAAGAAAUCAGUGAAAUGGUGAAGAAUGUUGCAGUCUUUAAGAAGGAGCAGCUGCCUUUGCAUGGAGCCAUCUGGAAGGAAAUCAGCCAGUUGGAGAAGGAGAGAUGCAGAAUGAGGAAAGCCAAUCGAGAGCAAGAAUUAGAACAUUACAGGAGUUCACUCAACAGACAAGAACUGGAACUGAGAAAGAGACAGCAACAGAGAUAUUUAUCAGAUGCCAUGGUCAGGUUUGUUGCUGCAAUCUCAGAACAAACAACAGAGCGUCUCUACUUCCUGAAGUGGCUGAAGAUGAAGCUAGACACUGUUACCAGACAAAACCUGUCGACACUGAGACAGCAGUACAAAGACUGUUGCAGCAGGAAUCCACAGAACAAGGACCAGAUUAAAAAGUUAGAUGAGCAGAUUUCCAACAGCUCUUUGGGUCCUGAGCAUUUUUUCAGAGAGUUAGGACAGAUUUAUGAGUGUGCUUGCUCCCUUCCAGAAGAUGACCCAGCCAGACAUCAAGUCCAGCACCUUCCUAGUCUGUGUGCCCAGAUGCUGCUGGAUGGGUUUCCAGUGGAGCUGAUGGAUGGAGAUGCUUCAAACAUCCCGAUGAAGUGGAUAUCAGACGUCCUCAUUCAGCUGCACCAGCUGGUGGACAAGAAGAGCAGGAUCCUGGUGUUGACUGUGUUGGGAGUGCAGAGCACUGGGAAGUCCACCCUUCUCAACACCAUGUUUGGGGUGCAGUUUGCUGUCAGCAGUGGAAGAUGCACCAGAGGAGCCUUCAUGCUGCUGAUGAAGGUCUCUGAGGAACUCAGUUCUGAGCUCAAGUGUGACUUCAUCAUGGUCAUCGACACAGAGGGCCUAAAAUCACCUGAACUGGCAGCACUGGACACAAGCUACGAACAUGACAAUGAACUAGCAACACUGUUGAUAGGGCUCAGUGACAUCACUAUUAUCAAUAUUGCCAUGGAGAACAACCAAGAGAUGAAAGAUGUUCUACAGAUUGUGGUCCAUGCCUUUCUGAGGAUGAAGGAGGUUGGGAAGAAGCCCAGAUGUCUGUUUGUGCAUCAGAAUGUGUCAGACAUGUCUGCUCAUGAUAAAAACAUGAGAGACCGGAAUAAGCUGGUGGAGCAGCUCAAUGAGAUGACUCAGGCAGCAGCUAAAAUAGAGAAGAGAGAAGUCAAUACAAAGUUUACUGAUGUGAUGAAAUAUGAUCCUUAUAAAGACAGCUACUACAUCCCUGGACUGUGGCAUGGAACUCCCCCAAUGGCGCCAGUGAAUACUGGUUACAUUGACGAUGUUUAUGAAUUAAAGAAGAAUUUGAUUUCUCUCUUAAAAUCUGAUACAAAAGAAAACAAUAAUGCAGAAGAGUUUGUGCAAUGGACUGAGAGCCUUUGGGAUGAGGUGAAAUAUGAGAACUUUAUAUUCAACUUUAGAAACAGUCUGGUUGCAGACGCCUACUCAGAUUUAUGUAAGAACUACAGCAGCUGGGAGUGGGCAUUCCAGUCGGAGAUGAACAAUUGGCUCAUUGCCAAGAGAACAGAGAUAUCCAAUUUUGGAAUGACUGAAAAGAAAGUUAAAAUCAGUCAACUUAAGACUGUAUUAAGCAAUUUGGUGCAGGAGGCCAAAGCCAAAUCACUUAAAGAAGAGUCGAAAAUCCAAGACAAUAUUCAGCAAUAUUUCAAGCAAAAUAACUACAAGGUUGCUCUGGUAGAAAAAUACAGACAGGAUUUUCAAACCAGUGCCUCAACUUUAAGACAACAGACGGAGAGGUCUGUAAACCAACAAAGUUUUAGAACAGGCUGUUGA